CAAUGGAGCACUUUUGAACAACUAGGCUAUCCCGUUUAAUAGUCAUAAUGCUUGGGGGAUUUUUUCGGCUGUCAAAAGUCAAAAUUAAUGUCUAUAGAAAUAUAACCUCAAUUCAUUUAUUUUUUAUUAAAAAAAUAAUAAUGAAAUUUAGAGUGUAUGAUUUCCUAUAAAUAAUUAGCAUUUUUUACAUGAUUUCAUGGCUUUACCAAACAUCAUAUUACGAAAUCUAUCGACAAAACAAUUUUUCAAUCAUUUUGCAAGGACUAUUUCAACUGCUGGAAUAAUAGUUAUUGGCGAUGAAAUACUUAGAGGCCAAAUACAAGACACAAACUCUCAAUAUCUUACACAAGAAAUUCGUAAAAUGGGUGUCCUAGUAAAAAAGAUAUCAGUUAUAGGUGAUGUAGUACAUGAAGUAGCAGAAGAAGUUCGAAUUUUUUCAACUAAAUAUCACCAUGUAGUUACAGCAGGAGGCAUUGGGCCAACACAUGAUGAUAUUACAUAUGAAGCUGUAGGGUUAGCAUUUAGUCAACCUUUGAUCUUGAACCAAACACUGAAAGAAAUAUGUCAGAAAUUUUAUAAAACAACUGAUGUUAAGUCUCCUGGAAUGAAGAUGGCCUAUAUUCCACAGCAAGCAAAACUACUCUUUAAACACAGUGCUUUUGAAGAACCUAUGCUCUAUCCCAAUGUUUCACUAAACAACGUGUACAUGUUUCCUGGUAUUCCAGAGUUAUUAAAAAAAUCUUUCAAUUGUGUCAAGGGAGCAUAUUUUAAAUCACCAGAACGUUUUUUUAUGAAAAGUGUUUAUCUAAAAGUUCCAGAGUCUCAAAUUAUAGAAAUUUUAGAAAAAGUUGUUAAAGAAAACCCAGAAGUGCAAGUUGGAUCUUAUCCCAAAUUAUUUCAUGAUCAAUAUAAGGUGAAGUUAACAGUAGAAUCAUUAAAUGAAAAUAACACAAAAGCAGCAUUUGAAAAAUUAAUUGCACUUCUGCCCAAAGAAUAUAUUGUAGAAGAAGGUGAAAUCAAAGAAAAGUAAAGGUGAUAUUUCAUUAUUUUAAUUUAAUAAAUUAAUAUAAAAUAAAAAAGUGAUAUUUCUUUGUUUUGAUUUAAUAAAUUAUUGUAUAUUAUUAUUGUUCGUAUAUUGUUAUUUAUUAUUAAAAUUUUAUUUUAAA